GUUGAUUUGUAUUUGAAAUAAAUAGACAUUAAGACCAAUAAGAACUACGAACUCGCUAGAAAGCCUUCUGAACUCAAAACUGGAAAUAUUUGCGCUCUCCAACAUUCAGAGUUAUUUCUUGAGCCACCUACAAAUGUGAAGCACAGUCUAAAAAAAUCUGCAGUCAUGACAAUCUGGGUGAUGUACCUGAAUGGGAAAUAUGUUGCAAAUGCAGAAUUGCGUUCACGGUUUUAACACGGCGUAAGGAUUCCAAGGCAUUUGAUCCACAUUGGCUCUAUCUUAGGAACAUAUCAGUCAGCAGCUUUGAUUUAUAUUCAUGUGUCAUUUCAGAAUAAUACGUGACUUCCGUUUUGUCUAUCCAUUUCACGUACAAAUAUUUAUUGAAUCUGGCACACUCAUCACUUAAUCAGGGUACUGACGGUGGCUUAAGAAUAUACUUAGACGCCCAUUGUCUUAAGCCGCCCAAACAAUAGGAUCGCGGGAUCAAAUCUAGCUUGAGUUUUACUUUUCCACACUUUCGUGUGUUGUUUUGUCUUCUAUGAAGGUUGAAUCGUUCCUCUGUUCUGAGAUUUGGUGUCCUCGCUGCUGUGGAGUGGAGGUCGUGAUACAUCAAUAUCAAUCCGAAGUAACUAAUUGUUUAACCUCAUUUUCAAUUUGUUAUUGGAAUGUAAUAAGUAAUAUUAAAUAGUGCCUUAUGUGUAUUAAAAUUGCAGCCAGCUAAGGGAAAAGCAGGCAAACUGCAGAGAAAGAAUUGUGAAACCCCCACGAACUUCCUCUGUUUCGGCUUUGCUUAGGACAGAUCCACAAGGAAUGUUUGAAAGUCAUCUUAGCUAGAGAUUUGUUUGUUCAAUGGGUGGAAAUCUACCUCCCAUUCUGCCUGCACCCCAAAGCUGUCAAUGCAAAAUGUAUGACCUGUAACUGAUAUUAUUUAAUUAUUCUAGUGACUUGGUAAUUUGCCGUUUGUAUUACGAAAGCGUGAACAUUUAAACCUGUUGGACAUCUUAAAUUAACUUAGCAUUCCGAUAAGACCAAGCAAGAAAUGUGCUGAUGGGCUGUCGUCCAAGACACAGGGACACAGUGCAAGGUGCCUUCGAAAGUGAGAAUGGCAGUUUUGAGCGAAGACAGUGGGCAAUGGAAGAUGGUGUUCCUGUUUCUGAUUGGCUGUAAUUAUGCCAUUGUUGGCAUUAACCACACUCUGCCCACAUUUCAAGGCUACACACCACGGUAUUUCUGCCAGGUUGACAAUGUCAGUGCAGUAGUUGAAGGAUGUGUGAAGGACCUUAAUUCCUCUCUAAUGCAAACUGAACAAAGCUGCCCACAGGGUUAUCAGUUUAAAUCCGAUCGUGAUGACUGGACGGUUGUAACUGAGUGGCAGCUGGUAUGUGAACGGCGUUUCCUACGCCCCUUGUUAGCCACAAUAUACUUUUGUGGUGUAACGGUGGGUGCUGUCGUAUUUGGUAUCUUGGCUGAUCAGUAUGGGAGGCGUCCAGUGGUUCUGAUCUGUCUUUAUGCUCAGGGGCUAGUGGGUGUCUGUUUGUAUUUUGUACAGUCUCUUGCAGCUUUCAUGGCUCUCCGUUGUAUUCAGGGAUUCUUUAUACAGGGUUUACAGGGCACGACAUAUACUCUCAUGGUCGAAUUGUUUCCCCAAAAGUUCCGUACUGCAGUUGGUGUUGUGCUUGAGUUGUAUUGGGCAGUUGGAUUGAUUUAUCUUGCUGGGGCAUCAUACUAUGUACCAGGCUGGCGGUCACUGGAACUGAUACUAUCCAUACCCACAGCAGUGACUUUGCUGUAUGUCUGCUUUGUUCCUGAGUCUGCACGUUGGCUGGCUCUCCAUGGCAGAGCAGAAGCGCAGAAAACAUGGAAAAGAAUUAUACUUUUUAAGAAAAGUGAUAAAUCGAAUGACACAAAUUCUAUAAAGAGUAAGAGUAAUGAAUUUAAAUGUACUGGAUGUGAUAUUGGCUUUCAGAACAAGGUUACAAGCAGGCAAUAUAUCGUAAAUAAUGUCAUGAUACAGACUGGAAGUGGCAAUGCUGACUCUGGGUAUGCAGACACUGAUAUCCAAUUGCGAUCUGAUCGAGGAGAAGAUUGCGAGGGAUUGAUGAAACAAGAUAUGGUGGAAGAUAAACUGAAAGGAAAAGCAGAAGAUUAUGCAAGGUGGCAAGAUGUCUUUUCAGUUGACGCUGAACAUCUGGCAAUAAUGCAGGAUCCCAUAAACAGUGUGGGAAACAGAAGUUCUUAUUAUACAUGUAAGCAAGGUAAUGGAGAUUGUGAUAAGUCACAGGACACCUGUUAUUUGAAGGCUUCUGAUUGUAGCGCUACAGAAGUCAGCCACUUACUGAGUUGUAAAAUAACAAAUGAUUGUAGCGAAACCAUAAAUGGUGCAUACAGAACAGACAACAACAAAAAGCUGGAACUGAUUGAAGGUGAUGAAGUAGCUGAUGUUUCUUUUAUGAACACCUUUACCGGUAAUCAAAACAGUAACAGCAGUGUGAUGAAAGGGAAACAGAAUGCACAAGAACUGAAGGAUGGUGAAGGGGAUUCCAUAGGUGUGCAGUGUAUGUCUGGAACAGCCAGUGAAACAAAAUUGCAAUGUGAGGGACAUCAAGAGGUGUGCAUAAAAAAAGAGACAUUAGCUGUUGAUGAUAACAGAAUGAAUGCUGUUCUGCCAAGGAGCACAUGUAAAAUGAUUUUAGUGUCAGGAGAAGGAUACAGGGCAGUCGGUGGAACUGAAAUAGAAAGAAACGGUAUUGUGACAGAUGACAGUGAAACUAUCAGUGUCACUCUGAGCAAAGGAGCUGUCAGAAUGAACACUGGUGGUACAGUUGUGGGCCAAGAUGGUGGAGUGAUCUGUAGUGACAUGCCAAAGACAUGUAAUAUUAUAGAAAAUAAUACUGCGACCGAUACACCCAAGAUGACUGAAACAGCAGCAAAACGAACUGGUUUCUUUGAGCUUUUUAGAAGUGCUGUUCUCCGAAAAUACAAUCUAAUCAUGGUGUUAGUGUGGUUUAGUGACUCACUAUUGUAUUAUGGCAUCAUAUUUCAUCUCCCUGAUCUAAAUGGUGAAAGGCAUAUGAAUUUUUUGCUGGGUGCUGUUGUGGAAAUCUUGUCAUAUAUUUUGGCAUACAUCAUACUGUCUCGAUUUGGACGUCGAUUACCACUGGCUAGUUUCCUGCUCAUAGGUGGUAUCAUCUGUGUGUUAGUUGGUGCAGUCAGUGUGGUACCAGAAAAAGAUGCCUAUUGGGUUGGUCAAACUCAGACAGCAAUGGCCAUAAUAGGUAAAGGUGUUGUAGUAAGUGGCUUUUGCACCAUGUUCCUAUAUACAUCUGAGCUAUUUCCAACAGUAUUAAGAGGUGUAGCUAUUGGCCACUGCGGUUUCUGGGGAAGGGUGGGAAGUCUCCUAGCUCCACAGCUGCUGUUUCUGGGUGAAUACACACUGCCAGCUGUACCACUGGUUAUAAUGGGUAUUUUGGGGAUGCUGGCAGGAUUGUCAGUACUUGCCCUGCCUGAGACCUUAGGACGACAAUUGCCUGACACAGUGGAGGAAGUUGAAAUGUGGAUCAGAAAUAGGCACCAGCUGUAGAAACUGCUUUUACACAGAUAGUGAACAAGCAGAUGUCUUCCAGUUGUGGACAACAGCUGUGAAAAGAAGAAUUCAUUGAGAUAAAAAUAAUACACUUUUAUAAUUGGAAUUUUUUAUAAUGUUCAUUUAGUGUAGUCUCAUAUCUGCUUACAUGGUCUGUGGUGAUUAAUGUUCACAAAUAAAUUGUUUAGGUAUAUGAA